ACCUAAGAUGAGAAAAUUACAUUUAGUGAUGUUCAACCAAAUAGGACAACUAUUGGGAAAUCAUCCGGACCCGAAAUCAUCAGGAUUGCAUCGAUCUCAAUAUUUUAGGAUCCGUGACGUCUUUAAUGAAUAACAUUCUAUUAAAUUCAAAUAAGGUUUACUCUUGAACAAUUUAAACAAUGAAGGCUUCUAACAAGCAAAGAAAGAGAAAAACAGAGAGAGAAGAGGAUUGUGGUAGUCCAUCUAAAGUAAGCAAUGUUUCUAAACCAGCAGUAAAAAGCAAAUAUUUUGAAGAACAAAACAAAGUUGCCCAGAAAAAGCUCCGGAAAAGUGCUUCAUGUAGUACGAAGAGUGGAAAAGAACAUGAGAAUGAAAAUGUUUUGAGUGCCACAUCUUCAGUAAAGUCUGAAGACAGACUGGGUUUCAAUUUUUACAACGUUUCAUGUGAAGAUCUUGCAAAAUCACUCCUGGGUAAAAUAAUAGUUAUAAACUAUGAAGGGAAGCGGUUAGCUGGUAAAAUUGUAGAAACAGAAGCUUAUCUGGGACCUAUAGAUAAGGGAGCUCACUCUUACAAGGGCAAGACAGAAAGGAAUACAGCUAUGUUCAUGAAACCAGGAACAGCCUAUGUGUACAAUAUCUAUGGCAUGUAUUGCUGUAUGAAUAUAUCAGCUAAUGGUGAUGGUGCAGCUGUACUGUUACGAGCUUUACAGCCUAUUGAAAAUCUAGAACUGAUGGAUAAACUACGAACAAAGGGUAAAAAGGCUGGCUCAUUAUUGAAGAAGGAUGGAGUCGGCUUGUGUAAUGGUCCUUCUAAAUUGUGCCAGGCCCUGGGAAUAAAGAAAGAUCUGGUGAAUAAAGUUGAUAUGUGUACUUCUGACUUAAUAUGGUUGGAGAAAGGUGAAACUGUAAAUGAUGAUGAAAUAGUGAAAUGUAAAAGGAUUAAUAUAAAUUAUGCAGAAGAGUGGGUAGACAAGCCAUUGAGGUUUUAUAUCAUGGGCAAUGUAUUCAACAGUGUGAAAGAUAAAGAAGCAGAAAAAGCAAUUAGUGGCUAAACUCCGAAUGAAAUUUAUCAUUUUCUAAGUGCAUUUAAUUAACUAGUGUAUGUCAGGCUAAACCUCAAAGAGCAGUUAAAGUUGUGAGUAGUGAGCUUGUUACAGAUAGCAACAUGAUUUAUUGGACACCCUAUAUAAAACGUGCAGGGAAAGUAAAAACACAACUCCCAAAUUAUGCACAUUCAACCAUUUGUUAAUAAAAAAUGGACCUUUCACUCACAGUUUAGUAGUUCAAACACAAUAUUUGUAGGUAUAGCUAGAAUAAAGCUGUGGUAUAGUUACCAAAAAAUAUAUACAUUAAAAAUAUACAAGUAU